UCGACAGUGCACCGCUGGCAGUACCAGAUGAAUCGAGAUGCCGUGAUCCUCAUCCACAAUAUGAUCCGUGAGCUGGAGAGCCAAGGGGUGGUCAGCAAAACCCACUCACCCUUCAACAGCCCCAUCUGGCCUGUGCGUAAAUCGGAAGGAGAAUGGAGAUUGACUGUGGACUAUCGUGCAUUGAAUGAGGUGACUCCACCACUGAGCGCUGCCGUGCCGGACAUGCUGGAACUGCAGUACGAGCUGGAGUCCAAGGCAGCAAAGUGGUAUGCCACCAUCGCCAAUGCAUUUUUCUCCAUGCCUCUGGCAGUAGAGUGCAGGCCUCAGUUCGCUUUCACACGGAGGGGUGUGCAGUACACAUGGAACCGACUGCCCCAGGGGUGGAAACACAUUCUCACCAUCUGUCAUGGACUGAUCCAGGCUACACUGGAGAAGGGUGGAGCUCCAGAAUAUCUGCAGUACAUUGAUGACAUCAUUGUGUGGGGGGACAUGGCAAUGGAGGCAUUUCAAAAAGGAGAAAAGAUUAUUCAAAUUCUGCUGGGAGCUGGCUUUGCCAUUAAAAAGAACAAAGUCAAAGGGCCUGCCUGA